UUAAACAUUUAAAUUUGCAAAGUGAUCGUGUAAGUUCUUACUAUUCUCCACUAACCACUUUUAAAGAAUUAUGGAUAAAGUAAAUAAAAAACUAAAGGAAAAUCUGUAUCAUUAGAACAAAAAGAUGCGCUAGUUGAGUUUAUGGUAGCUCACCCUGAGCUACAAAAAGGAAAAUUUGGUCCAAACUUUACUCAUAAGCAGGCAAAUGCUCUAUGGAAUGAAGUUUCUCAGGAACUUAAUAGUAUAAUUGGUGCAAAUAAAAAUGCAGAAAAAUGGAGAAAAUGUUGGAUUGACAUGAAAUCCAAUACCAAGAACAAAAACGUUCAGUUAAGGAAAAGUCUAAUGAAAACUGGUGGAGGAGAAGCAAGUGAUCUAUUUGAUUUAGAACCAUUAGAUAAUAAAAUUUCAAGUAUCAUUGGUAAUGUUUCAAUUUUUGGACAAUCGCAAAUAACUGAGCCAAUAGUAAACUUUGAGGGCUACAAUUGUGUAGUUAUUGGUUCAAAAAGUAUCAUUGAUCAGCCUUUAAAAAACACAACUAACAAUGACUUUACUUUGGAAGAUUCAAUAGCAUUUCCAAAUAAUGAUGAUCAAUAUUCAUUGCUUUCA